AUGUCCGAAAUCAAACAAAGGAGAAAAACUGAUAUUUCAGCCAAACCAAAGGAAGAUCAUCAAAAACUGGACAAACAGUUGGGUUUGGGGAAUACCCAUACAUCUUUCUGGAUGGAUGCACGAACAGUUGCAAGCUGCCUAUCCCUCAUAGCCUGUGUUGGGCUAACGUGGUUCCUUUUUCAGCAGUCGGCUCAGCUUGCUGCUGUAGAAGAAAAUUACCAUUUAUUGAAGCAAGAUGCUGUGAAGUUUCGGGAUAUGGAAAAUAAAAUUAAUCUUAUGUCCACAAAGUGUGAGAAGACAGUCAACUUGGCGGAACAACUAGAAGAUCUUCAAUUAAUUGCCCAAAUGAAACAUCUACAAGAUGAGAUAGACACUAUGCAGACAUGGUCUAAAAACUUAACUUGGGCACAAGACCUCCAGCAAAACUUAACGUAUCUCUUUCAUGCAGUUACUACGUAUGAAAAGAGUAUCGCUUCUGUAACACAGAACUUUUCUUUAAAGAUUGCAACUGUGAAGACUGACAUCAGACGCAUUUCAGGUCUUGAAGCAGACGUGGCCUUAUUAGUAGAAAACCUGCGAACUAUUGAAGGUAAAAUGGAUAAAGUUGAAAAAACUACUGUACAGAGUAUAGGGAAUCUUCUUACAAAUAGCAUAGACAGGACUGCAAAGCUACAAAGUUCUGCAUCUGAAAAUGAAAGACAAUUAAUGCUCAUAAAGACCAAACUGUCUGAACUAACUGCUGAUAUUGUCAGACAAUCAAACAAGCUUUUAGAUUUGGAAAGUGAGAGAGCCAAAGUUUUGAAAACAGUAGCCUUUGCAAAUGAAUUAAAACCUAAAGUGUAUAAUUUAAGAAGGGAUUUUGCACAUUUAGAGCCAAUGAUAGAUGAGCUUACAUUAAGAAUAGGAAGGCUGGUUGUGGAUCUGUUGGAAAGACAGAAAGAAAUUGCUUACCUAUAUAAGGAACUAUCUAAUUUAACUUUGUUUCAGAAUGAAGUUAGUACUGUCAAUGAUGAAAUAACUAAAGUUUCAGAUGUAAGUUAG